ACGCGGACACUGGCCUCAGCAGUUCUGGACGACGCCCCGCGCGGUUUCCCCUCCACGCCCCUCCCGCACAGACCACCGCUGACCGCGUCGGGGAGUGUUACGCCGCGCUAGAGCGCAAGGCGCAACUAUACGAGAAACUAGCUCGCGGCGAGUUGGACGACGAGGGCGAGCAGUACGAGGUGGACUUCCUGCGCAAGGGCGGGGCGGCGGAGGAGGAGGCGGGUGGAGGCGAGGGCCGGCGCGGCGGCGACCUGGUGGACACCAUGCUGCAGGCAGUGUCGGGGACAGGCGGCAUGAUGACUGCGGACAUGGCGCGGGAACGGGAGCGGCGCGACUGGGAGCGGGACCAGCAGCGCAUCAUGGCGGACGAGGAGGCGGAGGAGCGGAGGCGCUGCUUUGGCUUGUGGGGGCUGUCGGUGGAGGCGCUGCUGCCCGAGGUGACGGUGCCGGUGCCUGAGGUCCUGCGCAGCCGCAGCGAGUGGUGCACCACCUACCUGGAUGAGGACAUGCGGGUGGGGCGCGGCAGCGGCGGCGCGCUGUUCCUGUUCCGGCGCGGCGGCGCGGACGACGUCACCGAGGCGGCGGGCGCCAUGGGCGGCAGCCUGGGUGCGGGCUCCGGCAUGGGCAUGGGCUUGGGCGUGGGCUUGGGCGCGGUGGCUGCGGAUGCCCGCGCGCCGGUGAUGCGGCCGCUGUGAGGCGCGUGGGAGGAGGGGCGGGUGGCAGGAGGGAAGUGGAGCCUGGCGGCCGGCGCCGCGGGUGUGUAGCGGUGUGCCCGUGUGUGUGCGGGUGCGUGUACGUGUACGUGUACGUGUACGUGUACGUGUACGUGUACGUGUACGUGUACGUGUACGUGUACGUGUACGUGUACGUGUACGUGUGUGUGUGUGUGUGUGUGUGUGUGUGUGUGUGUGUACAUGUGUGUGUGUACAUGUGUGUGUACAUGUGUGUGUACAUGUGUGUGUACAUGUGUGUACCUGUGUGUACAUGUGUGUACAUGUGUGUGUGUGUGUGUGUGUUGAGGUGGGCAUGGUGUGGCUGUGUGGGCGAGGAGGAGCACAGCGCUUCCAUCCGGCACUUGUGAGACAUGUCACAAUUUAUCAUCAUUUUAUCGCGGCAGGCAGUCCUAUGCAUGAGCAAUUCAUGGCGGUGCGCAUGGCGUGGAAUGGAGUGAAUUGAUGUUGUCAGGGGGCUGGUUGCAAUGGCCGAUACCGGUACCUGUGGUCCUGUGCGUCUCUGCGUGUCCUGUACAGUGUAUUCCCCCAAAUGGAUAGGGAGGGCAUGGUUGCAGGCCUGGCCAGAUCAGGUGUCUGGGUUUUAUCCCUCGCCUGCGUGUGCGUGCUUGUAUCUAACUGUACCACUUCAAUUAGGUCAAGGUUACCUGGCCCCUGUAGAGACGUGGAGGCUCAGACAAUAAGACAAUUGGUCUUAGCUCAAUGCAAACAGUGCAAAGAUUGAUUACAUUUGCUGAGUCUGCUUGUGGACAGAGAGAUGUGCGGUGUGAGGACUGUCGGCAGGAGCAUUGAUAGUAUGACAGUGGAGCGUGAAGAGGGAGAGGGACGGAGGGAGGCUGCGUGGUGCUGGCAGAGGGACGGAGGACGAGGUGGGCACCAUGCGGCC